AUGGACCAUUUGCCGGAUAUACUACCACAUGUUAGGUACAUGCCUGCUGGUCAUGUGGUGGUGGUGUUAAUUGUUGUAGCUGUUGUUUUCGUAGCAUACAAGCUGCUUACCCGCACCGAUAUCCCAUACAUCCGCGGUAUACCAGAGAUACCAGGCGCUCUCCCAAUCACAGGCCAUCUAACUCAACUUGGUGACGACCAUGCUACAGUAUGCGAAAAGUGGUGGCGCCAGUACGGCAACUCGGUCUUCCAAAUCCGGCUUGGUAAUACGCGCGCUGUGAUUGUCAAUUCCUUUGAAGACUGCAAGAAGAUCCUAGUUUCCAAUUCGCAGGGGCUCAUCGAUAGACCGAAGCUGUAUACCUUCCAUGGUUUGAUCUCCUCGACACAAGGCUUCACUAUUGGAAGUUCGCCAUGGGACGAGAGUUGUCGGAACAAGCGCAAAGCUGCAUCGACUACGUUAAGCAAGGGUAUGAUGAAGAACUACUACGACAUGUUCGACCUAGAAUCCUACUGCAUCGUCCGAGACCUCCACCGUGACAGCAAGAGUGGGGAAGUAGAAGUCAGCAUCCGGCCCUACAUCCAGCGCUACGCCCUCAACACAACCCUAACGCUAUGCUAUGGCAUUCGUAUGGACGCAGUCUAUGAUGAUCUUCUUCGUGAAAUUCUCGAAGUCGGAUCAGCCAUCUCACUCCUCCGCUCAGCCUCAGAGAAUUACCAAGAUUACGUCCCCAUCCUACGGUACCACCCCAACAACGAAAAGAAUCAGCGCUCAAAGGAACUACGCGAACGACGAGACAAGUACCUAGAUGAGCUCCUAAACAAAGUCCGCGAGAUGAUUAAGAAUGGAACAGAGAAACCAUGUAUCAGCGCCGCUAUUCUCAAAGACGAAGAAACCCGCCUCACAGGUGUAGAGGUAAGUUCCAUCUGCCUAUCUCUCGUCUCUGGCGGUUUCGAAACUAUACCCGGUACCCUCGUUUCUUGCAUCGGCUCCCUAUCCACACCUGCGGGCCAGAUUUACCAAGAUCGCGCGUAUGAGGAGAUACGCAAAAUGUAUCCUACCGACGCGGCAGUGAAGGAAGCCUGGGCAACGGACUUUGAAAAGGAAAGUGUACCGUACUUGAAUGCUAUUGUGAAGGAAGCGGGGAGGUACUACACAGUUAGUAACAUGAGCCUGCCGCGUAAGACGAUGGGGGAGGUAAGAUGGGGGAACGCUGUUAUACCGAAGGGGACCAUGGUCUUGAUCAAUGCUCAGGCUGGGAAUCAUGAUACCGACUACUGGGGUCCCACCGCCGCAACUUUCAACCCAGAACGUUGGCUUACUACCCCCUCUUCCCCAGACGCUUUACAUAAACCAACCUCACACGCCAAUCCGCCUCACCUCUCCUUCGGCGCUGGCUCUAGGUCAUGCCCGGGCGCCUUGAUAGCAAGCAAACUCAUCUAUGCUGCGCUGUUUCGUUUGCUCAGUCUGUAUAGGAUUGAGGCUAGUGUGACGAACCCUCCAAAUACAGAUUAUGUGGAUUAUAACGCUAUUAAGAGUGCUUUGGUGGCUAUUCCAAGAGACUUUGGGAUCAGGCUUGUACCGAGAAGUGGUGGUGAGGACGGGGUUUUGAGGAGUGUACUUGAAGAGGGGAGGGUGAGAACGGCGGAACUAUACAAGGAGUGA